UUGCGGAAGUUUCGUACUAAUGUGGCUUCAGUCCUCCAGGAUAACUCGAACUCCCUGAUACCCAAGGAUUUAGAUUUCAGUGUCCAGUCCAGUGCAUUAGGACUUAAAUGGGAUCCAAGCACAGAUACCUUCAAUUUCCAUGUCGACAUAAAAUUUUCAUCAACAGCCACUAAGAGAUCAAUUUUGUCAAAUUCAGCUCGAUUAUUUGAUCCUCUCGGAUUAUUAAGUAUAUGUACCAUAGUGCCUAAAAUAAUCCUUCAAAACCUGUGGAUGUCUCAGGCAGAUUGGGAUGAUCCUAUUUCUGCAGAUUUAGCUCAAAGAUGGUUCAACUUCAUAUCAGGGCUCAGGUGUUUGGUGAACUUCCAAAUACCUAGAUUCGUCCUCGAUAACGACCCUAACGCUAUUAUUGAGAUGCAUACAUUUUGUGAUGCCUCACAAGAUGCAUAUGCAGCUUGCGUCUAUGUUCGUUCAAUCAGUAGCUCAGGCAAUAUAACUAUAAAUCUACUGUGUGCUAAAACAAAGGUUUCUCCUAUCCGAGCUCAAACCAUUCCACGUCUUGAAUUGUGUGGCGCCUUAUUAGCGGCACGUCUGAGCUCGAAGGUACUAAAGGCAUUAAGAUUAACAUUCACAAAUAUUUAUUACUGGACAGACUCGUCUGUUGUGCUUGGGUGGAUUCAUACAGCAUCACAGAAUCUUAAAAAUUUCGUGUCCAAUCGUGUCUCAGAAAUCCAAGAACUAACAGCAACUGGUUCCUGGAGGCACGUUCCAGGUAUCCUAAACCCGGCCGAUUUAGCGUCACGUGGUCUAAAUCCCACCCAAGUACACGAUGCCAGUUUAUGGUGGCAUGGACCUUCCUUUUUAGAGGAUAGUCCAUCGACAUGGCCAGAAGUUAUAAAACCUACUCUCCAUGUACCUGAAAUUAAAACUUACACAACUAAGCCUAAACCUAAUAAACUAACUACCAAAACUACAACAUGCACUACAGUUACAUCUAGCAGCACAACGACAAACACUUCUGAUAAACUAGUGAACUUUGAGAAUUACUCAAAAUUCACGAGUUUACUGCGAAGCUUGACUUAUGCUUUGCGGUUUAUCUACAACAUAAGACACUCUAAAGAUAAAAUUACAGGACACCUCACUACAGAUGAAAUUGAGAAGUCCUUGCAUCAUUUAAUCAAACAACACCAGGAGGAAAUAUGUAGAAUAUUAAGGGCUAAAACUAUAACACCAAUAAUGGGAAACUUACCAUCAGCUCGCACGAAUCCUAGCUUUGCGUUUGAAGUCGUGGGUGUCGACUUCGCUGGCCCAUUUUUGACACGUGACCGAAAGGGACGUGGUUGCAAAAUUAUAAAAAGCUAUUUAUGUAUAUUCGUGUGUUUUACAACGAAAGCACUUCAUUUAGAAAUUGCAUCAGACUUGAGUGCGGAGGCAUUUAUUAUGUGUUUAAAUCGCUUCAUCUCUCGCAGAGGCAAACCUAGCGAGAUCCAUUGUGACAAUGGACGAAAUCUUGUGGGCGCAAAUAAUGAGUUCAAAAGAUUUCUUGAAUCAUGUAGUGAAUCAAUCUCGUCAUAUGCUGCCGGAGAAUUCAUAAAAUUCAAGUUCUCGCCCGCUUAUUCUCCGCAUUUCAACGGACUUAGUGAAGCCGGUGUUAAGGCAGCUAAGCACCAUCUAAUACGUAUGGUAGGGAAUACGCAUUUAACUUUUGAGGAGUUAGCGACUUUAUUUUCACAGAUUGAGGCAAUAUUAAACUCCAAGCCCUUAACUCCCCUAUCAUCCGAUCCGACAGACUUAUACCCAUUGUGUCCAGGGCACUUCCUGAUCGGCAAGCCGCUCACUUCACUACCAUCUCCCGUACUAAUCGAUAAAAACCCAAGAUAUCUGGCUAGAUAUGAACUCAUCGAUCAGAUACGUCAGCAAUUUUGGGAGAGAUGGCGCACUGAAUUUCUAAAUGAGCUGCAGCAGCGAUCAAAGUGGCGCAUUACUCAAGGACAAAUUUCCGAAGGCGAUAUGGUGGUACUCAAGGAGCCCAAUUUACCACCACUCAAAUGGCGCAUGGGACGCAUCUAUCGGCUGUAUCCUGGGACCGAUGGCUUUGCACGCGUAGCAGAUGUCAACACUUCAAAGGGUGUCAUCCGGCGUGCAGUUACAAACCUCUGUCCAUUGCCCAACGAGCAAUGA